AUGCAGCGGGAGCGCGGGGGGCAGAGCCCAGGAGCCCCCGAAACCGAGGUCAAGGCUGUCAUCGUGGGGGAUGGCGGCUGCGGGAAGACGUCACUGCUGGUGGCCUUUGCCAAAGGGGACUUCCCCAAGGUCUAUGUCCCCACCGUGUUCGAGAAGUACACAGCGUCCCUCCAGGUUGCCGGCAAGCCCGUGAAGAUCCACCUGUGGGACACAGCAGGACAGGAAGACUAUGACAGGCUUCGCCCUCUGUCCUACUCGGAUGCCAACGUUGUCCUCAUGUGCUUUGAUGUCACCGACUCCAACAGCUUUGACAACAUCCUAACGAAGUGGUACCCGGAGGUGAACCACUUCUGCAAGGGGGUCCCGGUGCUGCUGGUGGGCUGCAAGACGGACCUGCGGCAGGACCAGGAGGCGCUGCAGAAGCUGAAGGACGGACGGAUAGAGCCCGUCUCCCGCCAGCAGGGAGAGGCCAUGGCCCGGCAGGUCCGCGCCGUGUCCUACAUGGAAUGCUCGGCCAGGUAUCAGGAUAACGUCGGGAACAUCUUUGUGACAGCCUGCAGUGCCGCCAUCAGUGCCGCCCGCCGGAGGCAGCGCAAGGCGGGACACAGGAGGGUCUGCGUGAUCCUCUGAGCCCCCCGGCUCGGCACAGCCCCCCCGGGAUCUCCUGCUGUCCCCGAGCUGCGACCGCACCGCGGCUGCUGCCACACCUCUGCCUCCGCCACCGGAACGCCGCUGCCACCGUCCCGACCCG